CUUGCAUGUAAGUAACCGCGACACCACCGACCUCCGACUUCUUCACCUUCACACUGCGGACACUCACAACACCCAAGCCAUGUCGCAACAACAAACCGGUGCACACCUGAUCGCCGAGACCCUGCGUGCCCUCGAGGUCCCCGUGAUCUUCGGCAUUGUCGGUAUUCCGGUCAUCGAGGUCGCCGAUGCCUGUAUCGCUGCCGGCAUCCGCUUCAUCUCCUUCCGGAACGAACAAGCUGCCUCGUACGCUGCUACGGCUUAUGGCUACCUCACGGGCCGUCCCGGUGUGUGUCUAGUAGUCGGCGGACCAGGUGUGCUUCACGCAAUGGCUGGAGUAGGAAACUCAAUGGUCAACACCACCUUUCCGCUCCUGCUUCUCGCCGGCGCCGCUCCGACAGGCGACAGUACAACGAAGGGCUCCUUCCAGCAGUUAGACCAAGUUGCGUUGCUGGCGCCGCACACGAAGCUUGCGCUGCGCCCACCGUCGCUCGAGCAGCUUCCCAACGCCAUCAGGGACGCCUAUCGUGCCGCCUUCUAUGGUCGUCCGGGCGCCACCUACGUCGACCUUCCCGCAGACUACAUCCAAGCACCCAUCCCAUCGUCUCCCAGCCGCAUUUCCGCCGUCGAGCAGGCACCAAAGAUCCUCGCCGAUCCGGAAAGAAUCCGCGCUAUCACCGCCGCCCUCGCAGCGUCCAAAUCGCCGCUCGUCAUAAUCGGCAAAGGCGCGGCAUACGCACGGGCAGAGGCGGAUAUCCGCGGGUUCGUAGACGCGACACAGAUCCCGUUCCUGCCCACGCCACAGGGGAAGGGCGUGGUACCGGAUUCUCAUCCGCUCAACACUUCCGCAGCACGCUCCGCCACGCUCAAGGGUGCCGACUUCAUCCUACUAAUCGGUGCGAGAGUGAAUUGGAUCCUGCAUUUCGGUACGCGUUUUAGGUCCGGCGCCAAGAUCGCACAGGUCGACAUUUGUGCCGAGGAACUCGGUCGCAACGGUGUCGACAGUAGUCUCUCCGUAAUCGGAGAUAUUUCUGCCGUGCUAGCACAGCUGCGCGAGCAACUAGGCGGAUAUGCACACCCAUCUUCCUCGCCAUGGCGAGGGGCGAUCCACGAGAGCAGUACGGCAAACACACGGAAAGCACGAGUAAAAGAAGAUGCCGUAACAGCUCCUGGGGAGCGCCUUAGCUACCAACGCACCUUCCGCAUAGUCGAAGACGCAUUGCUACAGCUCGCUGCUUCCCCAGAACAGCUGGUGUACGUGAGCGAAGGUGCAAACACGAUGGACAUCUCACGCUCCAUCUUCUCCAUCGCCGCCCCGCGCCAACGGCUGGAUGCAGGCACGUACGCGACUAUGGGAGUAGGCUUGGGCUACGCCAUUGCCGCGGAGAUGGCAUACAACCACUCGCCCUCAUCCUCAUCCUCACCCAAGCGCGUAAUCGCGAUAGAAGGCGACUCCGCACUCGGGUUCUCACUCGCCGAGAUUGAAACCAUGGCGCGGUACCGCCUGCCCAUCAUCAUCAUGGUCAUGAACAACGGGGGCGUUUACCACGGCAUCAGCGAUGACACCACGGAGUUUCGCGAGGUGUGGGAGAAGGAUGAGAGGAGAUUGGAGGGUACUUUGCCAUCGACUGCGCUGGGCUUCGAGACGGAAUAUGACGUCGUCGCGAGAGGGUUAGGGGCAAAAGGAUGGAGGGUGGAGACCGAGGAGGAGCUGAAGAGUGCCGUCGAGGAGGCUUGGAAGCAUCAGGGCCCCAGCUUGUUGAAUGUGAUUAUUCGGAGUGGUGCUGGGGGGAAAUUGAGCUUUGGCUGGUUGGAGAAGAAGGAGGGGGCGAAGUUGUAGCCGGGAUACGGACUUUUGAUAACGGAAUAAUACCAGACAACAAAGGCGAUUAGAAUUGUGCUUUUCUACCAACUACCUGUUAAUUUCUCUCCAUAAUGGGGCAUGUGCCGCGCUUCCACUUCAAGUAUUUGCAAGGGGG